AUGACUGGACGUGUAAGAACAAAAACUGUCAAGAAGGCGAGUCGUUUGUUGAUCGAAAAGUACUAUACAAAGUUAACUCUAGAUUUUCACACAAACAAAAGAAUUUGUGAUGAAAUUGCGAUUAUUCCGACCAAGAGGUUGCGCAAUAAAAUUGCCGGGUUUACUACGCAUUUGAUGAAAAGAAUUCAGAAGGGCUCAGUUCGUGGCAUAUCCAUAAAAUUACAAGAAGAAGAAAGAGAACGACGUGACAAUUACGUUCCAGCGGUAAUGUUUAUUAAUGUUCGGACUCAUACAAAUGAUAAUUUUUCUCGUUAG